AUGGACCGCCAAGUCCCCAACAACAAGCGACAGCGGGAGACUGCAAUGGGAGACUGGCCCAAGAUGCCGGGACAGUUCCCAGGAGCUCGAUCUGGUCAGAUGAGCAGUGUCCACUGGCCCGAUGUCCUAUUGACAGAGAACAUAUCGAAGGCCCCGGCAUCUCCCACCGCCAACCCCGAAGUCGAAGAGGUUCGCAAAUGGCGCAGCGAAAUUGAAAAAUCCCUGGCUGAGAUCACCAUUAAGCUCAACUUCUUGCUUUCUGAGACCCAGGAGUUCCGCGCGAUGGAGGCGCACUACAAGAACCUCCAGAAGAGCACGCCGAUGGGCACUAAUCUGUCCAAUUCCUCCCACCGACUGGAUCUCCAUCAGCAAACGAUUGUGGAGACUGUGCAGAAGUUGGAUACCACGAUGAAGCAGGUUGACGACCUCACGCGUGAAGUCAGUUACUUGAAGGAUGGAUCUGAGGUCACUGUGUCGUUCAGAUCGUCGGGACGCAAGCAGUAA